AUGAGUACACGGAUACACCCUUCGUCUUCGGACGCCGGCGGCCGUGCCCGUCGUCGGGCUGCGGCGGCGGAACGGGAACGCCGGUCGGCGGUGUACACGGUGUGGAAGAGGUCCAGCAUGGGCUUCCAGGGCACCGACGGCUUCUGCGUCUACGACGCCGCCGGCAGGCUAGCGUUCCGCGUCGACAACUAUUCCCGCCGCUGGAAACUCUGCGCCGGCGAGCUGCUGCUCAUGGAUGGCCAGGGCACGCCUCUCCUCUCCCUCAGGCCACAGCUUCUCAGCCUGCACGACCGAUGGAACUGCUACACGGCAACGGAAGACGCCGCCGUCGACAAGAAGGCGUCUUCCACGUCGCCGGCGCAGCAGCAAGUCUUCACGAUGAGCAGGUGCUCAGCUCUGCGUAGCAGCAGCGACAACGCAGAGGUCCACAUGUCAUCCUCAAGAGCAGGUUCUGCUGCUGCCGCGUCCUCGUCGUCGUCGACCCUCAGCUGCAAGCAACCGCAGGCCGUGGCCACCGUUCCAGGCUACCGAGUGGAGGGCUCCUUCUCGAGGCGGAGCUGCAAGAUUCGGCAUGGCAGCGACGGCAGGGAGGCGGCGCGGAUAACGAGGAAGAGCGCCGGCGUGGCGUCCAGGCCGGUGGCCACGCUCGGGGAUGACGUGUUCAGCCUCGUCGUCCAGCCGGGCGUCGACGUGGCCACAGUCAUGGCGAUCGUCGUCGUCAUGGACAGGAUCUGUCGCAGGCAGUACACGCCCAUGGUGUGCUCUUCACAGUAG